AUGUUAUUUUCAGAAAUAUUUCGUGUUUCCGUCAUUCAUACUCAGUGUAUCAUUGACAUCUUUACUCACCAGCCAGUUCACCAUGCACCCAAACCCUACAAAUUCGGAUACAGCAUCAAGGACAAACAUGGAGAACAACACAGAGAGGAAUCCGGAACAGGAGGACACGUGACUGGCAGCUACGGGUUCACAGAUGAUAGAGGCAUCAAAAGACAAGUAAACUACGUUGCUGACCAUGCUGGAUUUCGAGCUCAGGUCAAGACCAACGAACCUGGAACCGCCAAUCAAAAUCCAGCUGCCGUUCAACUGAUUUCCGAUGCCCCUUACACCGGUGGUGAAGGAUAUUUGGGUGUCCCUGCAGCAACAGCCGGAUACGGACUUGGUGGUCUAGGUUACGGAUACGGAGGACUUGGUGCAGGAUAUGGUGGAGCUUAUGGUGGAUAUGGCGGAGCUUAUGGUGGAUAUGAAGGGGCUUAUGGUGGAUACGGAGGAGCAUAUGGUGGUUAUGGAUUAGGCAUCUUAGGUGGUUUAGGCUACGCCAGAUAUGGAUAUUAA